AUGGCUUUGCACGACAGCAACUCCAGCAUAACGUUUGCAGACGACACCACGGUUGUAAGCCUGAUAAACAACAACAAUGAGUCAGCCUAUAGGGAGGGAUUUGUGCCAUCUGACUUGAACUGCCUGGUGAAACCCCCAAGGCCACAGCAAUCAUUCGUAGCCAGUUUCAAGAACCCCCAGUUACUAGAAAAUUGCCCUCCACCACCCCCACACCCCUGCUCCCUCUCCAUCUCUUCCCCCUACUCGUAUCCCUCUCACAGAACCAGACCAGAAGCAGGAACCAUUCCUCACCACACCAGAAGGCACGGAGGAAGGACCAAAGCUCUAGACCUACGCCUGGAGCGAGCAGGCCACAGGAGAGUACCAUCACUGACCUCCAGGUCUUGUGCUUCCAGGAAGCAGAGGAGGGCACAUGACCCAAUCCACAUCAACGGUACUGCAGUAGAGAGAGUCAGCAGUUUUAAAUUUCUCGGCGUCCACAUCACAGAGGACCAGAGGACAUCACAGGACAUCACAGAGGACCAGAGGACAUCACAGGACAUCACAGAGGACCAGAGGACAUCACAGGACAUCACAGAGGACCAGAGGACAUCACAGGACAUCACAGAGGACCAGAGGACAUCACAGGACAUCACAGAGGACCAGAGGACAUCACAGGACAUCACAGAGGACCAGAGGACAUCACAGGACAUCACAGAGGACCAGAGGACAUCACAGGACAUCACAGAGGACCAACAACACCACCACUCUGGUCAAGAGGGCGCAACAGCGUCUCUACUUUCUAAGGCGGCUGAACAAAUUUGGCAUGCCGCCCCGGGUCCUCUCCAAAUACUACCGAUGUACCAUUGA